ACCACCGAAAGAAGUGGAGAUUCCCGAGAGCCAAGUAUUAAAUUUAGGUCAUAAGAUAAACCAGAUUUGUACUGAAGACAACACAGUCCUUAUCGGUGGGCUCCGUUUGUUUUCUUCAUCUUACUUACUAUUGUAACCCCCCCCCCCCCCAAUGUUUUGUUGACCGUAGUAUUUGGUUGCGAGGUACUUUGUUCGUCGCGACGUUCAUCGCUGGGGCUUGUUACAUCUCCACCGCCUCCGAAGAGGAGAGACCACUUGACUCCUUUGAAGCGCGUAGGCCGAAAUAACACCACAAGGCAUCCUCCCCAGAGGUUCCCAUCUGAUGGAGCUGUUGUUGUCAGUGUUUGCGAAGAGGCACCAUGUUCCCUUGUCACAUUAGCGCCUGGCCCGCCGCUGAGCCCGUGGCCCCGUGCGGCGGCCAUGCACCAGCGCCGCAGCCUUCGCAAGCGCUCCCCGAUCUGCUCCGCAGCUGUCCCGCGCAGCCGUUGAACCACCACUCUGAAAGGCCGUCCCCAGACCCAAUGGAAUCCCUCAUUGUGGUCACAGAGUGCGAACCCAGCAUGUCGUCCGGAGGGCGCAGUGGGGAGGAGGAGGUGGAAGAAAUGGACAGCUCUGAAACGCCGCCCUGCCCCGCCGCGUCCUGCGACCUCCUCUCCCACACGGUCGGUCGCCCGGAAGCGCUGUUGCCGGCCGCCGAGGAGCAAAGAGCGCGGCUGAACCUGUCGGACAGGAAACUGUCGCUCCAGGAGCGCUCGCAGACGCAGACUUCCCCCUGCAACUCACCGGGACUCAAUGGUCGUUACAUUUAUCCGUCGUUACCCUACUCUCCCAUCACGUCGCCCCACUCCUCUCCACGCUUGCCACGCCGGCCCACUGUGGAAUCCCACAGUGUCUCCAUCACAGACCUCCAGGACUGCGUUCAACUCAACCAGUACAAGCUGAAAGACGAGAUCGGAAAGGGCUCCUACGGUGUUGUCAAGCUGGCUUACAACGAAGACGACAACACCUACUACGCUAUGAAGGUUCUGUCCAAGAAGAGGCUGAUGAGGCAGGCAGGCUUCCCUCGACGGCCGCCGCCUCGAGGAGGCAAAGCAGACCCCGAGGGGCCCCCGCAACCCAAAGGGCCCCUGGAGCGGGUCUACCAAGAGAUUGCCAUCCUGAAGAAGCUGGACCAUUCUAAUGUGGUCAAGCUAGUCGAGGUUUUGGACGACCCCAGCGAAGACCAUCUGUACAUGGUUUUUGAGCUGGUCAAGCAAGGGGCUGUGAUGGAGGUCCCGACAGAUAAACCUUUCAGCGAAGACCAGGCCCGCUUUUAUUUCCAGGAUCUGCUCAGGGGAAUCGAGUAUUUACAUUAUCAGAGGAUCAUCCACAGAGACGUCAAGCCCUCCAACCUGCUGGUGGGCGAGGACGGGCACAUCAAGAUCGCAGAUUUCGGUGUCAGCAACCAGUUCGAGGGGGCCGACGCGCUCCUGACGAGCACCGUCGGGACGCCCGCCUUCCUCGCCCCUGAAACGCUGUCGGAGACGAGGAAGAACUUCUCCGGCAAGGCUUUAGAUGUUUGGGCAAUGGGUGUGACGCUUCAUUGCUUUGUCUUUGGAGUGUGUCCAUUUAUGGAUGAGUGCAUCCUCAAUCUGCAUCAGAAAAUCAAGACACAACCAGUGGAGUUACCCGAACAUGCUGACAUCUCAGAUGACCUCAAAGAUUUGUUGCUCAAAAUGUUGGACAAGAAUCCCGCAAGCAGAAUAUCAAUUCCACAGAUGAAGGUGCACCCAUGGGUGACGAGACACGGCGCGGAGCCCCUCCCGCCCGAAGAUGACAACUGCUGUAUGCUGAUUGAGGUGACGGAGGAGGAAGUGGAGAAUUCCGUCAAGCACAUCCCGAGCCUGGCAACAGUGAUUCUGGUGAGAACCAUGUUGAGAAAGCGCUCGUUCGGGAACCCGUUCGACUGGGCUCGAAAAGAGGGAUGCGGCGGCUCGUGCACUCCGGGACAGAAGCAACUUGAGAGACAACACACAACGUUUGAGAAACCACAGCCCGGAGACGUGACGAGGAGCAUCGAGCUUCCGUACGUCGGAGAAGACGAGCCCCUUUCCUGAUGCAGUAGGUUUUUUUGUGAGUUUUUCACGACACCUCUUCAGCCGUCACUUUUCUACUUUUCCCGGGAGGCAGACACACGGCGGGGAGGAAACCAGGGCCCGUUUAAGGCGAGGCCGUGCGAACGGUCCUCUUCUCUUUGCAUGCGUCUUUUAGCGUUAGCAUGCUCAGUCUCAGGCUUCUGUGUGAUCCAUGCUAGUUUAGACGAGACCCCCGUCCCCUGACCCCGUGGUUCUCCUUUCUACUUACUUGACAACUCUUCCAGGUACGCUGCAAUUGGUGCAACAGUUUCAGAAAGUCCGGCUCAAGUCAAAUGAAAUACGGAACGAUUGUCAGCCUCGCUCUUGCGCAAGCGGCAGCGUCUCCUGUGACGUUGUAACAUAGUUUCUGGAAGAAGUAGCGUGGAGGGGAGUACUAAAUUGUUUACUGACUGCAUGUGUUCCUCGUGGAUCGAUAAGCUAUUUCAACUUUUUCUGACCUACUGUUUAUUUACUAACAAUAGAAAGCUUUAAGAUCACUCAGUGUAGUACUUUGUGAACAGUCAUAGGCUUCUUCUUCAUCACGCCACCCUGGAGGAACAAUUUAUCAUGUGCUUCUGUUUUUUGUACGAAAUGAGCGCCAUGUAGUGUUCCCCAAAAGUCACUGUUACACUUUUUUUUAAUGCAGGUUACAUUCAUUAGGCUUUGCAAUUUUUGCCGUUUCUUCAGCCAUGGCUUUCCGAUUUUGCACAAUUGACGUCUAGCGACAAGCUCGUCUGUCCCCGUCUGCACUUAAAGAAAAGCAAAGCAAAUUUAUUUGUAUAGCGCUUUUCAUACACGCGGUAACUCAAUGUGCUUUACAUGAUUAAAGGCAUUUGAAAACAAAGAGAGAUAAAACAUUUAAAAUGGGAUCAAAACAAUAAAAAUGAUAAAACAUUGAAAAAAAGACAGUUAAAACCACAUACAGUGCAAGUAAUAUGAUCAAAAAGUGGAUAUAUUCUAAAAAGCAUGAGGAAAAAAAAGAAGAGUUUUCAACCUGGAUAUAAACAUUCACACUUGGGGCUGACCUCACCUUUGUUGUCAACUUAUUCCAUUUGUGUGCAGCAUAAUAGCUAACUUAAGUGCCGGUGUGACGGUCUGAGCGCUCCCCCAUGCUGAAAAGUCUCCUUGUGAUUAAUCCGCAUAAACUUCCGGCCAGUCUGAAACAUCCCCAUCCAUGCUUCAACAUGUGCCAUCCGACACCUUCUCGCUGAGUGUUCAUGUUCGCUAGGGAUGUCCCAGAAAGACGAACACAGUGAACGUACAUAUAUGUGUAUAUCUUUUUUAUCAACUUUUGUUUUAAGGUUAGGGUUAGGUUAUAACGUAUGUUAGCUCCCUCUAUGUAGAAGAAGGGGAACUAUGACACCGGGGGAUUUCCCAGUAAGCGUCUGCUACAUACCCAGAGUUCCCCUGUUAGUAACGCAUGCGCAUUAAUCACAAGGAGACUUUUCAGCACGGGGGAGCGCUCAGACCGUCACACCGGUUCGAAAGCACUCCAAUGUCCUUUCCGCCAUCUGCGGCAGACAAACAGUGAAGCUUCGGCUUAAUCGAACUUUUGCUGAUGCCGCCUCACACCGCAGGCCCCCCCGGAUAGAUUUGCAUGACUGCAAAAACUGCAAACCUGUUAAAUGUCAAACGAUUGCAAUAUUGCCCUCGUCUGUCCAAAUGAUACCUGAUACAAAAAAAAAAAGAGUACUGUGACUUUUGGGACAGUCUCAAGAAACAGUUUAUAAGCUUUUCUUUUUAUUUUUCUUUUAACGUAGUGUUUGUAUUGUUUCAACUUCACAUUAGUCCUCCAUCAUUCGGACUGCCAACAGUCUCGUUUCUCCAACCUCAAGUGAAUUUCGUGAAUGUUCUCAUUUGUUUUUUUGUAUGUAAAGAAAAGGAAAAAAAGGCACUGACGUUCUUUUACAAUUGCACAUUUUAAAAAAAGACGCCAAAAAAAAAUUAACCGUGCGUAAUUUUUUUCAUGUACAACUUCAAGAACCUUUAAAUACAUUUUGAAAUGGAGACGUAGUGCAGCUGAAAGCUUUUUUUUGUACAAAUCUAUGCAUGACAUAUCUCGUUGAGAAAUUUGGAACACAGAUGUGCCAUGUGAAUUAGCUGUGAUCGUUUUUUUUUUUGUAUUUCUAAACUUUUUUUUCCAUCUUCUAUCUUUUUUCUGUCUUCACUGCAGUGUUAGAAUCACCAGAUGUGUCUAAUUAACAGUUCUAAUUAUAUUUAAUGUUCCUACACAAUAACGGCAUCAGCACUGGUGUGCUGAAUGUGUACGAAAAGGGAAACUUCAUAAUACUCGCCGCCGCAAGUCUUUAUUUUUUUUAACUUGAGCACUAUGCAUUUGUCUCUUUUUCUACUCUGUGCAAUUUAAAUUUUGUGUCAAGUGCAGCACUAUGAAGGAAUAUUGGGGGCACAUUGAAAAAAAGUAAACCACGUGUGUAAUUUUAUGAUUAAUAAAGUGAUGCGAAUCAACUUGUAAAUUUAAGGUCAAAGUUUAAAGCAGAUUAAAAAAAGGAUUUAAGUUUUUAGUCAUAAAAUUGUCAUGAUUUUUUUUUAUAUAGUCAUUACAAGAAAUUAAUUUCACUAAAGGGAUUUUUAAUAUUAGAAGUUAAAAAGUUGGUCAUUUUGGACAAAAAAGUUGAAUAAAUAGAAAAAAGUUAUAUUAUUAUGAUAAAUGUUAAAUUGAAUGUUUUUUCUGAGAAUAAAGUUGCAAUAUUUCAAAUAAAAGUCAAGAGUAAAAAAAAAAAUUCCCAGCAGGGACGUCAUCUUUUUAUAAGUACUAAGCCAUAUUAUGAUGAGGGUGGGAUUAGUGUAAAGUUACAACUCAUUUCAAACGAAGUCGUUAUAACGAGAAAAAUUACAUUUUUUUUUUAUUAUGAGAAGCGAUCAUUUUUCACAAUUAAGUUUUCAAUUGAAGUCGUUAGUGUAAAGGUACAACUAAUUUUAAACCAAGUCGUUAUAACGAGAAAAAAUACAUAAUUUUAUUUUAUUACGAGAAGGGAUCAUUUUUCACAAUUUUCUUCAAUUGAAGUAGUCAAAGUGUAACGUUACAACUAAUUUCAAACCAAGUCGUUAUAACGAGAAAAAUUACAUAUUUUUUUUCUUAUGACAAGUGAUAAUUUUUCACGAUUAGGUUUUCAAUUUAAAUAAAAGUGUAAAGUUACAUCUAAUUUCAAACCAAGUUGUUAUAACGAGAAAAAUUACAUAAUUUUAUUUUAUUACAAGGAGGGAUAAUUUUUCACAAUUAGGUUUUAAAUUUAAGUAGUCAGUGUAAAGGUAUAACUCGUUUCAAACCAAGUCGUUAUAACGAGAAAAAUUGCAUAAUUUUUUUUAUUGCGAGAAAGGAUAAUUUUUUACUAUUAAUUUUUUAAUUUAAGUAUUCAAAGAAGAAAAUAUAAAUAAAGUCAGUCCCGCAUUAGGUUGUUUUAUCACAACAAAAACUGUUGGGAGUCUAAAAUAUUAUGUGACGAGUUAUCAUUUAUUUCAAAUCAUGUCAUUUGAUGAGAGUAUCGUGGUAAUCUUAUGAUCAUAAACACAAAUGGCAGCAUGAAUGAUUUGAUUUCCUUGUGGCCCUAAUAUUCAGAUUGCAAGCCUUACAGCACAAAACAGUGAUCCACUACUACUACUACUAGUACUACUACUGCUGCAAAAAAAGAAAAAAAAUGUGCAAAAUAAUGCAAAUAUACUGUACAUAAUUGAUGGUUAUGUCAUAUAAAAGUAAGGUCAAGGUCAAAACUUGAAUGUUUUGGCACUCGUCAGAAACUUAGCAGAAUUUUCAACUCCUUUUAUUUCUCGCGUGAGGUUCCGGCUUUAAUAAGUAGGUGUCAAUCAAUUUCAAUCAUUUCAUGAAACAAAAACUGUCUUGGUUUGUUUUUCCUCUACAAAACGCAUGCAAACACAAACAAACUUUACUGUCAUGGCAUGAGACGCCCUCAGCGACAAUAUCGCAACUUUCAAAUGAAAAUGUUGUCUACAUACUGUAUCUCCUUCUUAAACGUUUGAAUAAAAA